AGAAGUAACAAGAGUGAGAUUACCAAAUGAAUAUAUAAUCAGUUGUACAUUAUUUACAAAAAUCUUGGGACUACCAAACACUGUUAGCCCUUAAUCAAAAUUGUACAAUCAUUAGAUCCUGCUGAAGGUUUUUCUUUGGAUAAAUUUUCAUCCAUCAUGUUGCAACAAACCUUGUGUCCUGAUGCAGCCCUGCAUGCAGAAUCACUGAAAUCUGGAACUUUUGCUCCAGGGUCAAGAUGUGGUUACAUGACCAAUGGCAUGAAUGAGCAGCAGUUGGCUCUGCAAUGGAAAUCAAGCAACAGUUUAAAUGAUCCAGAUGGCAGCAGCUCUGAUGAACAGGAUCCACAAUUUAAAAUGGAGCAAGAAGGUGGUGGGAAAGAGCGAUUGGUUGGAGGAUGGACCAGAGCAGUGACCAUCCCAUGUGUGGGCUACAUCAGGCCAGAACACAUGUCCAUAGAUACCUCUUGUGUCCCUCAAGGACAAAACAAUGAGGUCACAAUGGAGAAGGGCAACUUCUUACAGCCUGGCACUCUGGCACCCCCUUCUUGGCCCAGUGUUCUCACUAGGGUCUUCAAGGUGUUGAGUGCCAAGGAGCUCAUUGCCAAUGUCACAACUGGUAACAUUGCCCCUGAAUUGUGGGACACCCACUUUGCGAAUGAAGAGAUGCUGAGGUAUGAAGCACCAUUGGUGAAGGAGUCCUUUGAGAGUUACUAUGAGAAGAUCCGAGGUCUGACCACAGCCAUGCUUUCUGUGUUCUUGAAACGGUUUGAUAUCUACGUGGAAACCUACGAUGCUCUGCGCGACUUGCACGGCUACAAAUACUUGAGUGCGGAACGAGAUUUGUUGGAGUUGCAAGCUACGAGCAUUUCCCGGCGUUACGCGGACAUCUCUAGUCUGAUGGACGAUCCCAUCAUUGAUGCAGAACUGGGCAGCCAAUUUUUCGCGCUCGAAGGACAAGCCUUUCAUUACAUUUCAAAGCUGGAAGAGCAGAUGGAAUUCAACGAGCUGGCUUUCUACAUGAACAUUUUGUCUGAGGAUAUCGUUGGUGAACAACUGGAAGGCAUUUAUGAGUGGCUGAGGAAUUUCACCAAUUUUAUGGAUGACCUGAGGAAAGUUGUGGAGCCAUUGAGGAAACACUGGGGCAGAUUUGGGAACAUGACCCCUGGGGCCAGUUCCUAUUCCAAUGGAGUCUCUUCUGUGAUAGAGGCAGUGCAGUACUACAUGGGUCAAGUUCCUGCACCCAUCAAGUCCAAAUUCCUGGUGUAUCUGAGGGGAGCUGGGGUGAAGAAAGCCAGACAUGCACAGGACUUCAGGUUUGAGUUGUUCAAGUCAUCUAUGGAAUUUGAUGCCAGCUUGAAACAGAUUGAGAGCUACAUGCAAGAGCCUGACUUGUGGAAGUUCUCUGGUGAGGGUUGCUCUGGUGCUGGGGAACCUGGAAACAUGAGACUGGGCUCUUUGACCAAGUAUGCCAAGGGGUUCUUUGCCAUGCCCUUUGGGUCUGCUGAGGCUAUUGAAGGGUAUGGGUUGGAACAGGAGCUCAGGGCUAGGAGUGAUGUGUUUCAGGACAAGGCUGAAGCCAGGCUGGCUGCUUGAUAUAUGAGGAAUGGGUUAUUUUGUGGAUCUUUGCUUUUAUUCUUUUGUUAUAUUUUAACCGUUUACGUUUCUCUAGUUUUUGUGGAGGAGGAUUUUUGGAAUUUUUGAAAAAGUUCAUUGUUUGAAACUUCUGAA